UAUCUAGACUCGAGACCAGUUGCGCAAGGAGUGUUUGGCCUGUUGCCAAUUGGCUUGUACGCGUUGAGGCCGGUUUUCGUGCCAUGACCGUGCUGUAGGCGGUUUGCAAUGCCUUGGGAAACAAGGUUGCCGGUGGAUCGCGGGCGGCAAGCUGAACCACAAAAAUAUCUAGCGUUGACCACUCUAUGCAAAGUGCGAAACCGCAUGAGCCUCUUUCCCUUCUGCACCUCUGUGUCCAGAAGCUUGCGCAGAACCUGAUCAAAUAUGGCCCCAAGAGGGUUCGCUACGCGACUUUAUCAGCACUACCGAGAAAAGCCUUGGAGGAGCUGCUGUAUAUUCUUGUUGCAAAGAACGCCCUGAACGACAACGUCCUGCCGUAUGCUUUGACGACAGAGACUCACAAAUUGGGUCUUGAAGGUGCUUCUCAACUCCGGAGAUGUGUGCUGAGCACCAUCGGGCGAUCGUGCCCGAAUUUGUGUGUCCUCGAUGUGAGAACGUGUCAACAAGUUGACAACAAAAUUGUGCGGGAUGUCCUACAGCACUGUGAGCGACUUGAAGUCUUACGGCUGGACGGGUGCCCGCGAAUCUCCGACAGUGCGUUCGCACCAGCUUUGUGGAAGCCACCACUGGCAGGUUUAUUGGGGCUUCGGGAGCUUUCGGUUGGGAAGUGCGGCCAAAUUACAGCAGAGGGCUUGAUGGGAUAUGUCCUGAAAGGAGCUCCUUACUUGAGGACUCUGGGACUGGCUUAUUGCCAUGGCACCGUGACGGACGAGGUAGCUUGUGAACUUCUCUUCCAAUUUGGACUGCAAGCCCUGGAUCUAUCCUUUUGCUCACAGCUGACUGACGCUCCUUUUGAAGCGCAUCCUCGCUCUUUGCUCCGGGAACUGCGAGUGUCGAGUACAAAUAUUGGAGACAAGGGUAUUGAGAAGAUCGCAAAGAGAUCUCCGCAGCUUGAAGUCUUGGACGCAGGGUGGGCCAUGAAGCUUUCUGACGCUGGGGUUCUGGGUGUCUUAACCCACUGCAGCAGAUUGCAAUUUCUUUGUGUCUGCAACACUGAGAUCACGGAUAAGUGUUUUGAAGCGAUCAUGGAGUGCCGAAAUCUUGAAUGCCUGAAUGCAUCCUGGUGUCUACGCGCAACUGCGCACGCGCUCGAUAUUCUUGCAGACCAAGCCGCAGUUUCCAGACCACCGCUGAAGCGCUUCGACUUAGACCACCUGGGAGCAAUGGCUCUUGACAGUGGUGUUGACGCUGUUGGGCGAUUGCCCUUGCCGCUCACUACUUCUCCUGGACAAUGGGCUUCGUCGGCCUCUUCACUCUCUCCACUUCCGCCGUACUGGAGCCAUGGGGUGGUUGGUGGUGCCAGGUUACCGAGGCUGCCGGCGGGUACCCCGGAACCCAUGCUGUUGCCCCCUGCUGCAGGAGGGGAUGAUGCAACUUUGCAGGAAGGUUCCAACGCACAGGCUCCACCAGCAUCGUUGAAGAACAUCGUCGCCUUGUAUGGACAUGCAUUGGAGCAACUGCUUUUGGAUGGCAUCAAAGACAUCGCUUAUGCUGCUGCUUUGGAGGCUGUUGCAUCGAACUGUCCAGUGCUCGAGCAGCUUGCAGUGACCCUUCCAGACAAGGAUGCAGAUGCUGUAUUGAAGGUGGCCUUGAGUUCAAUUGGUGCAAACUGCAGCCGCCUAGUGCUUCUUCGACUCGAUGCAUCUUCACGGUCGCACAAGCCAGUUGUGGACUCAUUGGCAUUGCCUCUUUUCAGCCGCUUGAACUCCUUGUCCCUCUGGUGUUCUGCAGGAAGUGGUCUUCAAGAUGGUCAGUUGGAGACCAUCCUCUCCGGUCGCACGCUGCUCCAGACCCUGGCUCUUCGCAACUGCGCAGUGUCUGAAGGGCUUUUCCCUAGGUGGUGCAACAGGGACCGUGACGAAGCUCUUGCAGUCAGGCAGCUUGACCAGGUGUUGCUCUCAUCUUUGAACCGCAGCUUCUCCGGGACACAGCUGAAGCCUUGUGAAUUGCCAGAAUCUAUGCCAGUGCGAAGGAAAAGGCAGCACUUGCGGAACUCAGCUGCCGUGGCCUUGCGGUCCGUAACGUACUUUUCACUUGCUGGCGCCGGAUCUCUUUCAGACAGAUCCUGUGAUGCUUUGCUCCAAGUUUACAUGCUUGGCUGCUCAUCUACUCAAGCAUUACAAUUGCCGGCCACAGCAGUUCACAGGCCUUGGCAGAACUUCUCCAUGAUGCACAAAAUGUUGAUAUACGAGGUUGCCCUCUGCUCAGUGAAGAGACAUUGCGAUCCUUUCGCAAGGGCUGCCGCUUUAUCAGGUCAGUCUCUGUGACGAUGAGGGAGCGUACGCUCACUUGGACAGCCCUCACAAGCUCUGUGAAGAAACAUCGCCACCGAAGACGUUCGAACUUUACCUCUGGAAGCUCCGGUACUGAGAGCAACUGAGCAGAGGAGACAAUUGCUCAAAGGCAGCAAGAAA